AUGGAUAAUUUCUUGAUUGAGGCCUCUGAAGAAGAAAAAAUUAAUACCUUGUAUGAGUUGUUCAAGAAUGAUGCAGGUUUCUUAAAGCGAAUUAAUGAAACAAUGUUUGAAGAUACUCCACUGCACUUAGCAGCUUCAGAUGGGGAAACCUGUUUCGCAGUGGAGGUGAUGAAUUUGAUGCCAUCAUUUGCCCGAAAACUAAACAAAGAUGGGCUUAGCCCUAUGCAUCUUGCUUUGUUGAAGGGGCAUUCUGAGUUGGUGCUGUUACUACUACGUGCUGAUCGUGAUCUUGUUCGUGUCAAAGGAAGAGGAGGCAUGACCCCUUUGCAUUAUGCAACUCACAAUGGAAGCAUCGAUCUCUUGGCUGAUUUUCUUGAGGCUUGUCCAAAGUCUAUUGAAGAUAUGACUGUUCAGGGCGAGACUGUAUUGCAUAUUGCUGUUAAAAACAACAUGUUAGAGGCCCUCGAAGUUUUGGUGGGAUGGCUUAAGAGAGUCUGCCAUGAAGAUGCCUUCAGUUGGAGGACAGACAUUCUGAAUUGGAGGGAUAAGCAAGGCGACACUGUAUUGGACAUUGCAGCAAUCCAGUUAUUAUAUGAAAUAAAUGCCAGGAAUUCUAAAGGGAAAACAGCUUUGGGCACCCUGCAACACCAAACCAAAAUGGAUAGAAGAGUAGUACGUCAAUUGCUACGCAAGACUCGGGUUUCAAAACCUCCAUCGCCUAAAAGUACUAAAACUCUUGCGAAAUACUUAAGGUCAAAGACAACAUUUGAUGAAAGACUAGCGGUAUACAUCACACGUCAGAGAAUGAAAAUUGCAGAGGAUCUGCGCAAUGCAUUGCUGGUGGUUGCUGGGGUGAUCGUUGCAGCCACUUUCCAUGCUGUAUUUAGUCCUCCUGGAAGUUUUCGGAAGGAAACUGCCAACCCAACUAUUAUGAUCAAUGGAACUUACAGCACUGUUACAGACGCCAGUGCCAGUGGAGAAUCACCAUCAAAUGAAGCAGGAAAGAGUGUCAUGGAUAACGGAGCAUUCAUUGUCUUCUCUACUUUCAACACCUUUGUCAUUUGCUCCGUAAUCGGUAUUCUUGGCCUUCUCCUCUCAGACGGCUUGAUCGGGGGGAAUAUGAUGUUGAUGCUAAUUUACUUGUUAGUCUGCUAUGCUGUAUCGCUAUAUGUCAUAUCACCAAGGUUGAAUAUUGCAGUUCCUGAUCUGCUAUUCUUGUCCUUGUUCAUCGUGUUUCUAUAUACCAUUCUCCUAAUUCAUUCACUAGGAAAGCGGAAGCUUCAGCAACUUAACUACGACGCAAACAAGUGCCCUAAAGAAGCUCUGGCAGAUGAAGUUCAGGAGAGUGGUGCUAGGAAUGCCAGUAACGACUCAAGUGCAAAAAAUAUUACAUCCGCAUGA